AUGUAUAAAGGAUUCGUUUAUAAUUCUUUAAGAGAUGAAAAUAUCUUGGAUGAAUUUUACAAAGAUAAAGUUAUCGAUUUAGAAAAGAAACGUUUGAAAAGUUUAGAAGAAUUACCAAAUGUAGACUGGUUUAAAUGGUGGAGACGUUUAUUAAAUAAUCCUGAUAAUUUAAACAUUAUUGAUAGCUAUUGGAUAUUUAAAAAGGUUGAAGAUUUGAAUCCAAAAACAAAUGACAAAAAUUUUUACAAAAUAGUAGCUUCCACAUUUAUUAAAAAUCUGAAAAAAUGCAAUCAAGAACGUGAAAAUGUAUGUGUACCUGAAAUACUUCAAAUGAUAGAUAAUAAAAUCAACUGUCAAUCAUUAACUACAAAGGGAUUGUAUAAUUCAUUAUUAAGAAAUGAAAAUUUCAAUAAUAUAGUUGAUCUUAACAUAAAUGAAAUAAAUGAAAUACAUUACCAUAUCGCGAAACAAAAAAAACAACUAGAAGAUUAUUGCUUAACCGAAUUUAUCAUUGAUGAUUUUUCAACAAAUGACAGAUUUGAAAAUUUUUUUAAACAAGGAAUAUACAAACCAUUUUUUUGGGAUUCAUUACCAUUAUCAGAAGAUAAUAAAAAAAUAAUUAAAAAUGAAUGGAUAAAAAAUACAAAUAGAUUAAUUAAUUUAGAAGAAAAAACAGAUAUGAAUGAAUACAUCGACAGAUUAUUAACUAUAUCUCAAUCUUUAAAAAACGAUCAAUUAUAUUUUCCAGAUUCUCCCAAUCUAUUCUCAGAAAAUUUAAAACUUGAAAAGGAUAUAUGUAAAAAUUAUAUCAAUGAUGAUGGUCCUAUUAAAAAAUUAAUUCAAUUAUCAAAUAUAUCAAAAGAUGCUAAAGAAAAAUUCAAAAACCGAAGAUUAGAAAUAUUGCAUGAUAUUUUAUUCAACAAACUAAAAAAGGAAAUAGAAGAUAUUGAUGAAAAUAAUGCAGAAAAAUUAACAGAAUAUGAUGAUUUGGAAGAAAAAAUAAACGAUUCAAAAUUAUCACUUGAUAAAAUCGAAAAAUUACAUAAUCUAAGAAAAAACAGAUUAACUAAUCUCGUAAAUGAUAGAAUCAAAAAAUUUGAAAAUAAAAUUAGAAUAUCAAAAACUGAAAAUGAAUUAGAUAAUAUAUUUAAUGAAUUAUUUAAUGAUAAAAUAUUACCACCUGAAGAAAAAGAUAAUAUCUCAAAAUUAUAUCAAGAAAAAUUAACAUCAAUCAAAGAAUCUGACAAAUAUAAUGAAUUUAUUCGUGAUAUCAAUAAUUCAUAUACAGAAGAUGAAUUAAAUCUUUUAAAAGAUAAAUUAUCCUAUGAUCAAAUAUUGACACCUACACAAAAAGAUGAAAUCAAGAAAAAUAUAGAUGAUAAAAUAGAUGAAAUUAAAAGAACUACACUUCAACCUGAUCCUAAUGAAAAUAUCCUUGUUGAUGAAUUAGAAAAAGAUAUAGAAAAUAUCGAUAAAAACAAUGCAGAAAAAUUACUUGAUGAUAAAGAUUUAGAUAAAAAAAUUAAAA